GCUUUCAGCAAGAGACCCCAACUUCACUGAACAGAAAAAGAGCAAGCACCUAAUAUAUUGUAAAAUCCUCCGAUACUAAACGGCAGAAGUUAAAUCAUGGCGUCGCCGGCGGCAAUCCAGAGAUCUCAACUUUCCCCAUCUUCCUCCCCCCUCCAGCGUCUUUCCACCUUCAAGAACCCUGCCGCAUCCACUACCACAACCGGAACCUCCACAUCAGCCGCUUCUCCGCUCGAUUCCUUCGCCAAUGACCCAAUCCUUUCCCCUUUCCUCUCUCCCUCAUUCUCCACCACCUCCUUCUCCUCCGCCGCUCUCUCCUCCGGUUCCCCUGCCUCCACCGCCGAGCGCCUUCACAGCGCAAUUCGCCUCCUGGAAUCACAGAUACGCACCGAAGUCCUUUCCCGCCACCCCGAACUCCUCAACCAACUCUCCUCUCUUAAGCAUGCCGAGCACGCGCUCUCCACCGUCCGAUCCGCCGUCGCAUCUCUUCAGUCCUCCGUGCUUCGCGUGCGAUCCGAACUCUCCGAUCCUCACAAAUCCAUCCAGACCAAGACCUUGCAGCUCUCGAAUCUCCAUUCCACCACCGAGCUAUUGCAACACACGAUCCGGGCGCUUCGACUGUCGAAGAAGCUGCGAGAUCUCGCAUCUGCGUCGGAGACGGAACCCGAGAAGCUGGAUCUUGCCAAGGCCGCCCAGCUGCACUGUGAGAUUUUAAGUAUGUGCCAUGAGUAUGAUUUGGUGGGGAUUGAAAUUGUGGAUGAAGAGCUGAAGCUGGUGAGAGAAAUCGGGGAGAGGUUACGAGCCGAGGCGAUGAAAGUUCUAGAGAAUGGGAUGGAAGGCUUGAACCAGGCUGAAGUGGGCACUGGCUUGCAGGUUUUCUAUAAUUUGGGAGAGUUGAAGGUCACUGUGGAGCAGCUGGUGAAUAAGUACAAGGGAAUUGGGGUGAAGAGUAUUGGAGCCGCAUUGGACAUGAAGGCGAUUUCAAUGGGAGGGGGCGGCGGAGGGUUUGGACCAGGAGGGAUCAGAGGGAGUGGAACGCCACAGAUUGGAGGAGGAGCAAAGGCUAGAGAUGGGCUCUGGCAGAGGGUGGGAAGUUGUAUGGAUCAGUUGCAUUCUAUUAUGGUUGCAGUUUGGCACUUGGAGAGGGUCCUCUCCAAGAAAAGGGAUCCAUUCACUCACGCCUUGCUCCUUGAAGAAGUUAUUAAGGAGGGGGAUAACAUGCUGACGGAGCGAGUUUGGGAAGCUUUAGUGAAGUCUUUUGCCAGCCAGAUGAAGUCUGUUUUUACUGCUUCAAGCUUUGUGAAGGAAAUAUUUACUACAGGAUAUCCGAAGCUCUUUUCGAUCAUAGAAAAUCUACUCGACAGAAUAUCACGAGAUACUGAUGUUAAAGGGGUUUCACCGGCUAUUAGUUUAGAAGGAAAAGAGCAGAUGGUUGCAGCUAUUGAAAUUUUCCAGACGGCUUUCUUGACAUUGUGCUUAAGUCGCCUUUCAGAUCUUGUGAAUACUAUAUUCCCUGUGUCAAGCAGAGGAAGUGUACCCUCCAAAGACCAGAUCUCAAAAAUCAUAUCACGUAUUCAGGAAGAGAUUGAAGCUGUUCAGGUAGAUGGGCGUUUGACGCUGCUAGUGUUGCGUGAAAUUGGCAAAGUCUUGCUCCUCCUUGCCGAAAGGGCUGAAUACCAGAUAUCAGCUGGCCAUGAGGCACGUCAAAUCAGUGGUGCUGCAACUCCUGCACAGUUGAGAAACUUUGUGCUAUCCCAGCAUCUGCAAGAAAUCCAUACACGUAUAUCAUCCAUUGUUAUGAAAUUGCCAAGCAUUGCUGCAGAAGUACUAUCUCCUUCCUUGGGUGUUAUUUAUGGAGUUGCAAGAGAUGCCGUAACUCCCUUGUUCAAAGCAAUGAUUGACCGUCUAGAGUCAUGUAUUUUGCAAAUACAUGAUCAAAACUUUGGAGUACUUGGCAUGGAUGCUGCAAUGGAUAACAACGCAUCACCUUACAUGGAGGAGUUGCAGAAGUGCGUCCUUCACUUUCGGACCGAGUUCUUGUCUAGGUUGUUACCAUCUUCGGCAAAUGCAAGGAUAGAAACUAUAUGCACCCAGCUCGUUAGGAACAUGGCAGCACGGGUGCUGAUAUUGUUUGUGAGGCAUGCUUCUCUUGUGAGACCGCUCUCAGAAUCUGGGAAACUGAGAAUGGCUAGAGACAUGGCUGAGCUGGAGCUCACUGUAGGGCAGAGUUUGUUCCCAGUAGAACAGCUGGGUGCACCUUAUCGAGCCCUUCGAGCCUUCCGUCCUCUUAUAUUUUUGGAGACAUCUCAAUUGGCAUCUUCUCCUCUUCUUCAAGAUUUGCCGCUGAAUGUCAUACUUCACCACCUGUAUUCUCGAGGGCCUGAUGAACUGCUGUCGCCAAUGCAAAGGAACAAGCUUACUCCUCUUCAGUAUUCAUUGUGGCUUGAUUCUCAAGGAGAGGAUCAGAUUUGGAAAGGUGUCAAAGCCACCCUAGACGAUUAUGCAGUAAAAGUCAGGUCAAGAGGAGACAAAGAAUUCAGCCCUGUUUACCCCCUUAUGAUACAGCUAGGCUCUUCGUUUUUGGAGAAUGCUCAAGGAUCUCGACGUGCGUAAUUAUACACUGUACCCUGUUUCCAUUUUAUCCCUUUCUAGAAAAGUUAUUGUAUGAUGAGUGAGAUUUCGAAGACAGCUUCAUUAAAUUUCAGAGAUACACUUGAAACUUCUUCAUGUCUAGCCUGAUUUAUCAUUCUUUUUCUUCAUGCAACCAAAUUUGGAGACUUUGUAAGUGUUUCUUUUCUUCUAAAGGUAUUACUUUGUAUCAGAUCUAGAGUCUUGAUAAAAGAGAAAAAUAAAAAGAGGGGUGGCAGAUGAUUUCGAGUUGUUGGACAAAUUUGCAAUCGAUUCUGAAGAAGCAGGAUGGUUCAAAUGCCAUAAACAGAAUAACAUCACUCUUUACAGUUAUUGAUGUAAAAUAACAAAACUCUUGUAGGCGAUAAAGGUAAGGGUGGAAACUGUAAAACGAGGUAUUUAGCAAAGCAGAAAAAACCAGCCAACCCUUCAUUGUGUUAUUGCUGCUGUGGCUUGGCUUGUGUUGGUUGAGCUGGGAGGCUAUAUAAUGAUCUAAGCUGCCUGCUCAUGAGCUUGCUAUUUGGGAGGCCUAGUUUCAGGCCUUGCGCAUCGUCAGACCACCAUUGCUCCAGCCCAUGAGCUUCAAGAAACUUCUGUUUCUCCUUGGCCAUCACAAACAGCUUCGCUGAAACCUGCCCAAUGUUGCUGCUGCUGCAGCCACCGGCGGCGCCAACAUUCUCCUUAUUUUCGCCACCUCCAUUAUUCUGUCCAUCCGGGUUGGUGUAGUGGCAGCAUAUAUAAUCGCUGUUAUUCACAUACAAAUGAGGUACCCAUUUCUUGGACCCCAUGUUCGUUUUGUCCCCAAACUGCGGAAUCCAGUUCCUCAAGCCAGAAGAACCAUUGUUACCAUUCUGCCCGUCAAGGAUGGUGACAGCCGAAGUUUCAGCUGCAGCAGCGUAAGGAAGCAUAGCCUUCAACCUCUUCCAGGCGAACUCGGCCUUCUCCCCCAUGUUCCUGAAACUCAUUGCGAGAGACACAGAAGGCGGGUUGAAGAGAUGAGCAUCCACAAAUAUGGCUUCUUUAGCCAGCGCCUUGCCAACCUGGAGAGCAAAGCCAGCUCCUAGGGAAUGACCUGCAACACAGACAUUGCUUGCACCGUACCUCUCAGCAACCGACCUCAACGCCUGCAGCGCCACGUUGAACCGGACAGAGCCCUUGAGGCUCUCCCAAGCGAGGAAACGAAGGUCGUCCUCGAUGUCCCGUCUCAUGGUGGGGCCCUUGAGCAAGGUCCCUCGCAGUACCAGGACAGCCCUGGGUGCCCCACUAGGCCUGAUGAGGAUCAUGUCCGAGACUGCUGCGGAUCGAUCCCAUUCCAGGAUUGCACCGAAUAUGGAUCCGUCCCUUUCAUCGAUCAGAGUUUGGGAGAGCUUGUACUUGAAGCGUGUCCACCAGGUUGGGGCUAGGGCAUCCGCUGGGGUCCUGUUUUCUUGCCUGUCAAGUUCCAGCAAGUAGACUGCUUGGAUGAAGCACGCAAUCACCGUCCUCUUGUAGUUGUCGUCUUUCCUGCCACCCACAAUACACAACUAGUAAGGGAUCACGGUGAGAGGGAAAUCACUAUGGGAUUCUUCAGAAUCCUUGGCAUUCUCCCAAAUCCAAACGACCCCCUGAAUUUCUCGCUAAUAAUUUCACCUAAAUCCUACACGAUCAAGAAAGAGACCAGGAAAGAGAAAGAAAGAAAGA